GCUACACCGUGGUAAAUAUGAGGAGGGGAGCGGGCAGUCAUUUCAGCUCUAUCCUCUCCACUCUCUCCAUUUUCUCUCUCCCAAAUCUGUACAAGUGCUUGGUGUUCCCGGAGGGGUUCUUUUAACAUUCAGAUCCGACCGCUCCUGCACUACCAGACAGAGAGAAAGAUGGCCGAUGCUGCUGGCAAGAGGUUUGUGGAGUUUGUUUCAACCAUUGCAACUAUGGGAGCAAGGGAAGCGGUUUCAGCAUGUUUGCAUGGGAGGAGUUCAACAAUGCAGGGGUUGUGCCUUGCAAUGGAAGGGUCCGUUUCAACAAUGUGACAGGAGAGAAGGUGACGAUUGUGGCAAACCAAUGGACAUACACUGUAAAGUGUUAAAAGGGUCGUAUAAAGAGCGCUAUGUAUGGGAGCGGUUGGAGGAAGUUCUAUGAUGACAACAUGCUGGGGAAGGGUCAAAUGGUGGUGUUCUUCCUGGAUGAACCUUCGCCUAGGGCAGCUAUUUGUGUGAUCCAAGUGGGCAACGGCUCUGAAGAUGAACAACCUAUGGAAGAGGGCGAUCCCAUUGAAGAUUCAGAUUCAGAUGAUGAGGAUGGAGAAGCUUCAAGCGAUGAUGGUGAAGGCAUUGUUCGCACCAGGGGGCUUUUGCUUACUGAGACAGAGGGUUUUCAGCUACAAGGGCUGCUGCCUCUCAGUGAUGAUUUCAUCGGGUUUCCUUUCGUUCACCGCCUCACAAAGACAGACAAUUGUUUGGGCAUGAUGAGAGAAAACGGGAGAGGAAGGAAGCCGCAUCACGGGGCGGCGACAUCGAAGGUUUCCGCGGCGGAACUCGCCGGCGAUGAGAUGCUCGGCGACGCCUGCGAGGAGAUGCUCGGCGAUCCGAGCGCCCCUCCAGAGUCCUCGCGCCCUGCUGAUGAGUGUCUGAUGGAUGCCCGCAUGCAGAUUGAACGAGAGAUAGAAACUAAAACCAAGUCCUCCUUGAAAGAAGGGUUAGGUCAACAGCUUAAAACUGAUCAUAUGGAGGAGUCCAAAGACUUAACAAGAGAUUGCCUAAACAAUGUGCCGCACACAGGUAUAGCUUUUGAAGUUGAAGGAGGAAACCUGGGAGUGAUAGAAAUGAAGAAGGCGGAGAUAAGUUGUGUUAAACAUACUGAUUUAGAAGAGAGAGAGGCUAUGAUGUCGAGAUCACUGACACUGAAGCAUCAGAGGGUUUGCUAUACGAAGAAGUUCUGACAUUUGUGUUGAUGACGAUGUUGGCGAUGAUCUGCUGCUGACGGUGAUGAAUACGACGAUGAGUAGCACCGCCUGACUUGGAUGGAAGACGACCCGUGAUGACGAAUUUGAGCAGUCGAGCACAACGCUUUCCAAAAACCUAAUUUGUCCUCUCCCGGUGCAGGAUCGCAAAGACGAACGGUUCCGGAGACCUGCUCUCCCACGCGCCGAUGCACGCCAGCGUUUGGGAUGGAGUAGAUUACGAUGGCGGUGCAAGUCGUGAGAUGAGGUAAAACCCUAGGUGUUUUUCGGUGUAUCUCUGGCCGCAGCCGGUAGCUGUAUAUAUAUUAGGACCAGAGGCGGUAUUGUGUCGC